UGUCACAUUUUUGUCAAACAUCAAAAUAAAAAUUUGAUCGAUUUCAUUCGCAGAACAACUUUAUUUGGAAAUCUAGUAAAUUUAGCAAAUUGAAUUGAUUUCGAGGCAUCAGGUAAUUUCUAUUAUACGUAUUACGAUAAAAUCGCCUUAAAUAAUGUCUGACGAAUUACAAAACUACCAGCUCCAGCUGCAGCAAGUGGAGGCAGCCUUGGUCUCAGAUCCGCAGAACGAAGAACUGAAAAAACUCAAAAUCGAUCUCGAAGAAGUGAUCGAUUUGAGUUUGGAUCUGAAAAACAAAGCCGAGGAAGCCGCUAACCUGCCAGAAUACACCGCACCCGUAAGAAUAGUCGACGAGGACGACGAAAUAACCAGGUCACUAUUGGCUGUCGAAGAGUUUGUUGCACAGAACAAAAACAAGAAGAUAUGGAGAAUAGGGGACGUGUGCAUGGCGAAAUGGAGCGAAGAUGGACAGUACUAUGAGGCUAAAAUCGACGCGAUCAACUCCACAGGUCAAGUUAACGUUACAUUCGAAACUUACAAAAACAGAGGUAUAUGUCUUUUAUCAGAACUCAAAGAAUUCACUGGGCAAAAACGGACAUUAACUGAAGCAGAAAAAUUCAAAAAAAGCAAAGUAAACAAAGAAUACUUAAAAAAGAAAAAACUGAAGAAACAACAAAGAUUUAAGGAGCUCGAAGAAGAAAGGGAAGUAGAAAAAAAGAAAUGGUUAGCUUUUGCAAACAAGGCGGUCAAAACUAAGAAGAGUGGAUUAACAAAUAAAAGUAUAUUUGCCUCUCCGGACUCAGUGAAUGGAAGAGUUGGAAUUGGCACUUGCGGAAUCAGUGGAAAGCCUAUGACUGAAUUUACUACAGCUGAGAAAUGGAGAAAAGGAACAUAACUUUAAAUUUAUGUGAAAAAAACUAUUUUGAAAGGAUUAGAAUUAAUUUAAGUAUCAAAUUAACUUGAUAUUGUGUAUAAAAGUUAUAUUAUUGUAAUAAAGAAGUUUGUAUUAAUAUUUUAA